AUGCUUAAUCCUCCCCCCUGUUCUUUCUGUCCUGUCUCCCUAUCCUUCCCUCCCCUUCUUCUCCCUCCCUCCUUUCCCCUUCCCAACCCACUGCUCCCCCCUGCUCUCACCCGUCCCCUUGCCCCCAUUCGAGGCAGAAUUGGGAGCGACGGUAGCAAGCGGCUCGAUCCCACCGUCUCUCCACCACCAAUCCUCCUCUCCCCCACUCCCGCCGUCCCUCCUUUCUCCCGUUACCGUUCAAACCUUCCCCCCGUCCCCGUCCCUCCUUCCAUCGGUGUCCGUCCCUCCUUCCCCCACCAUCCACCCUUUACCCUACCCUUGUCCUUUCAAGGCAUCCCCAGAUUCCUAAACCCUUCCUUUCCCUUUCUCCCAUCCCUUCCCUUCCCCCCUAUCCCAUCCCACCAUUCACCCCUCUCCCGGCCAUCCCUUUCCCCCUCUCCUGUCCCUCCCCAUUCCCCACAUCCGACCCUUCCCUUUCCACUAUGUCCCCUCAGCCAAUAG